CUGUCACAUUCGUAGCAAAUCGUCAUCAUUAUCAUCAUCAUCAUCAUCAUCAUUAUUAUUAUUUUAAUUGGAGAAUGCGUUGCGCGAUAUAGAAUUAAUAAUUGUUCGUCGGUAUUACACAACGCGCGCUCACACACACGCACACCCACGGCGACAACCAAUUGGAUCGACUUUCGUGGUUAGUUUGUGUAAACAGACUCGGGCUCGUCGGUGGCCAAAUUGUUUUGAUAACCGUGUCCUCGCAGACCGCCGCCGCCGCACCCGCCUCGGCCACUGUUCGAUCUCAGCGUGUGAGCGCCCCCUUUGUUUGGCGCGCUUGUAUUUUUUCGCCGCCGACGCAAAAGAAGCCGGUGUGGGGCAUAAAACUAAGAAGAAUUUCGGUCAUUUCGGUCCUUGUAAUUUGUGGUCAGCUGAAAAUUAAUUACUUGAAGAGGACAUAAUUUAGCUACUAAGCCAUACCACCUCAUUGGUGUCGACAGCAAAUAUCAUGAUUGAACCCAUGAUGUCUUAAGUUGGUGAGCAAGUGCAGUAACCUAAAGCUUUUUACUUAACACACAGUAGCAGUAGCAUCUACGCACAUCUUCUACAUUACGAUCACUACUCCUAGAAUGAAGGUUUUAGUUUUGUAUGAUUUUGUGGGUGAACCCGGCUCCUCAGAACUAUCAGUGACUGCUGGUGAGACAUUGUUGGUAACCCGACAAGAUGUCGGUGAGGGCUGGUGGGAAGGAACAAGUCCAUCUGGCCGUACAGGCUUGUUUCCAGCGGCUUAUGUUGAGGAAAUUAAAACCAAAGCAGAUGACAGAACAGAUGAAAGCAAACCACCACCAGCUUUACCACCGCCACCAUUACCACCAUCAACAGAUCCAUGGGAAAUUGACGAUCAACAAAAUGAAUUUUAUUCACAAGUUCCUGGCAGUCACAAUCAGCAACAAAAUGCAUACCCACAUCAACAGUCACCUGAUGAUUAUUAUGAUGAUGAAUGGGACGAUGAUUCUGAAUAUGGUGGCAGCAGUACUGUGGCUUCAUCUGCUGCUAUACCUCCAACUAUUCAGUAUCCAGCUAUAGGAACAAAGGCAACAUCGAUAAGAAAAACAACAGGCAAGACAGCUGGAACAACUGGUGGUAGCAGUUCUCGGUUUUCAAAGUUGGUAGGUGGUGGUGACGCUUCAUAUAUAAUGGGGGCCAUUCAGCCGCCCAUCCACUUACCUGAUACAGAAAACAUUACAAUUGUUGUGCGUGGUGGUACUGGUGGUGGCCCUAUGGCAGUAGAUGUUGAAUGGUGUCGAGACCCUGACGAUGAACCGCAGGGAUACCAGUGUGUUGUGGCAUCUCCAAAGAAGGAAUCAAAACUCAAAGGCCUGAAAACAUUUAUUGCAUACCAAAUAACUCCAACGUUCAACAAUAUUCAAGUAUCUAGAAGGUACAAGCAUUUUGACUGGUUACAUGAACGGCUAUUGGAAAAAUACUGCUGUCUAGUGCCAAUACCACCAUUACCAGAUAAACAAAUUUCAGGUCGGUAUGAGGAACAAUUUAUCGAACGGCGUAAACAGCAAUUACAAGCGUUUGUAGACGCAGUUUGCCGACAUCCCGUGCUGUCCCGAGGUUGGGUAUGGCGGCAGCACUUCAUCACGUGUACAGACGAGAAACGCUGGAAGAUAGGAAAGCGGAAGGCUGAAUCACGAAACACAAGCGCUGAGACGCUCACUGGUGCCAAUGUAUUUUUUGUAAUUAGGGUAGUGUCUGCAGAUGGUAGUAGCGAUCCCCCUCCACCUAUCAACCCAGCAAUAUUAGACCGUGAAGUAGAUGGAUUUCAGAGAUUUGUGGCUGGACUGGAGGGAGCUUUAAAAAAUAUGGCGCAAACAGUUGCAGAACAAUCAAAACGCAUGCAAACAUGUUAUAAACGUGAUGCGCAACGGUUAGGCCAGUCCUUUUAUAUGCUGGGUCAUGCAUAUAGUGGAGCAUCAUCUUCAUCAAUAGGAGACACUAGUGGUAAUGGAAAUGUGAUAAGUCUAACUACCCGACAGCUGAUGGCAGCACUAAAGAAAACCGGUGAUGUGUACAAUGAAAUGGGUGGACGACUGAUGGAUGAGCUACCGGUUGUAGGAUGGGACUCAUUUGCUGACAUGCUUCAUGUGUACCGUGGUGUUGCAGGCGCGUUCCCUGAUAUACUAGCCGUGCACAAGAGUGCGGUGCAGAAACGGAAAGAAUGUGAACGACAGUACUCGGAAGGUAUACCAAUUGGUGGCAGUGGUGGUGAUGGAGCAGGUGGAUCUAGUGGUGGAGCAUCCUCAUCCGGCUCUGGUGGUGGUGGAGCUGUAGCUGUAGCAGACCCAGAACAACAGCGGCGACUGCUCCGUGAGAUGCAACGUCGUACUGACGUAGUGUCAUAUGCUCUGUUAGCAGAGAUAAAUCAAUUUCAUCGAGAUCACGUUCUUGGCCAAAUGGCCGGCCACGUUCGCCAGCUUUUACGAAACCAGAUAGAAUAUUACAGAAAAAUUGCUGACAAUUUAGAAAAUGUGUUACACAUGUACCCUGAUAAUGGCGAUGAAGACCCUAUAGGAGUUGGAGUAGACCAUCAUUAUGAGCAACAACACUACAGCCAAGGAUUAAUUGAUGAUAAUGCUUCUUAUCAACAUCAAUAUUAUUCAAACCAAUAGUAGUCUUAAUAAAUUAGAGGAAUGGGUUGUAUAAAACAUGGUAAAUAACUAGAAUGCAAUUGUUUCUAGAACUGCUUAAUGCUUAUGAGUAACACAUACCCAUAUUAUAUUAGGUAUUUUAUGAUUAAUUUUUUUUUAAUUAUCUGUGGCUGUCAAUAUCGCACUAUACCACCUAAAAAAAAACUAUUAUCAUUCUUAUUAAACAUAUCAAUGAUAUUUUUUAGGGAUUUCACACUAUAACUACUACUAGUACUCUUACCGUUAUCUUUAAAUGAAACAUUUUAGUCUGUUAAUUGUUUUUAAUAAUACUUGAUUAUUGUUUUCUUUGUUAUUCCAACAGUGAUUUUUUUCAAUUUAUUACCGUGUAUUAGUUUUAUUACUAUGCUUAAUACUAUUAUACUACUAUGCGUAUGCCCAUUGUUAAUAUGAAUGUUACUAGGGGUCGGAUUUAUAUUUUUUGUCAAUGUGUAAGAUAUUGUUUUUAAAUUUAUGUAACUAUAAAAGUUGCCAAUUGGACAUACUGAAAUAUCAUAAAAAUUGACAAAUCGUGGCGUAUUUAAUGUUUCCUAAGAGUUUUUAUAAUAUUAAUGAAAUGUUAUGAUAUUUAUAUUAAGGGGGCUACAGUCUGUCAAGUUAAAGCAAUUUGUGAUGAUAUUAAAAUGACUUAUAAGUGUAUGCAACGUAAAAGCACAUGAGUGUUUGCGAGACUAACCUGAUAUCGUUUUUGGUCAAUAUUUCCUAGAAAUUUUUUGAACUAUAACAAUAGACACUCGUAAUACUGCCCGACAAUUGUUCAAUUAAUUUAGGAAUUCACAUGCAUUGAAAAUGAUAUUAUAUUAGAUAAACUUUUUUCAAUUUAAAAACGUUGACAAGUUAGACCGAAAAAUUGAAAAAUUUGGAUCCAACAGAUUUUUAUUAUGAAAAUUAAAAUUAAUUGGUCAUUGUGUGUGUGUUAGUUAGGGGAUGGCGAAGAAGAUUUAAUUUAUUCCAAUUCUUCGAUAAAAUAUUGACAAUUUAAAAAACAUGAAUUUUGGUACCUUAGUAUUUAAGUACACCAUUAUUUUUGUUGUAACAAUGUUAAAUUGACUCUGCUAUGUCUUAGAAAAAUUGUUGAAGAUUUUCAACCAGUUUUCGAAGUUGAAAUCUGUCAAUCCCUAAGUCUCACCACUUGUCUAGUUUUGGCCUGUUUUACGUGAUUAUUUGUACAGCCUCCUAAAAUCUUUCAAAACU